ACGUUCGGGAGGAAUUUAGAACUCGUGAUAGACAGACGCAUGACACGAAAAUCCAUGUGAAGGGAAUAAAAAGAAAGGGAAAAACAAAAUCCAAACAAAUUUCAAUUUCCUUCGAAAUCUCCGGCUAUAAAUAAAGGGCCCCCAAGUUCAAAAGCCUCCGGACAAUAUUCCCCCAAUUUUGAAUUUUCCUCACUUUUUCAUGAUUAUACCUUCCACCCUACGUGAAGAAACAAACACAAUAUCUGUAUUUGUAUUUUUCAUUCUCUCAAACCUGGAGCAACCCCACGACCAGAAAAACCAUAUAUUUUCCCAGCAAUCCGCCCAAACAGAUCCAGACCCACUUCCAAAAUGCAGAAUCUGAGAUGGGUUUUUCAGCUUUUCAUCAUCCUUCCCGCAGGCCUUCUUUUCUCCCAAUCCCUGGCCCAAACAGACACUCCUCCAGCUUGCUCAGCAUUAGACAGGACUGCCCUUCUCAGCUUCAAAGCCAGCAUCUUCAAAGACACCACAGGCAUUCUCUCUUCAUGGGUUGGAACAGAUUGCUGUGGUGCUUGGGAUGGCGUCGAAUGCAACCCAGAAACAGGAAGGGUUACUAGCUUGCAGCUGCAAAGGCCAGAAAGGGACAAUGCCCUUUACAUGAAGGGCACCUUGUCCGCCUCUUUGGGCAAUCUCCAGUUCUUGGAAGCGCUGGUCAUAAGUAGCAUGAAGGAGAUUAGAGGCACCAUACCUGAAAGCUUUUCAAAGCUGGCCCACCUCAAUCAGCUCUACCUUGAAAACAACAUGCUUGAAGGAUCUAUUCCUUCAAGCUUAGGUGAGUUGCCAUCGCUCAAGGCCCUUUCACUGAGUGGGAACCGUUUACAAGGACAGCUGCCCCCAAGUCUAGGACACCUCACUACCUUGCUGCAGAUGAAUGUAGGGAAGAAUCUCCUCACAGGUGCAAUCCCACCCACUUUCAGAAACCUCCAUACAUUGCAAUCCCUUGAUCUGAGCCACAACCUUCUAUCUGGGAGUAUCCCUGAUUUUGUAGGACAGUUCCAAAGCUUGACCCUUUUGGACCUUUCAAACAACCAAUUCUCAGGACAGAUGCCCAUUUCCUUGUGUAACUUGUAUAAUGUUAUGGACAUGUCAUUAGAACACAACAAUCUCACUGGUGCAAUCCCAAGUCAGAUUGGUAACCUGAAAUCCCUUAGCAGCCUCUCUCUUAGCCAUAAUUUUCUCACAGGCCACAUUCCUGAAUCCAUUGUCAGGCUACGAAAUUUGUGGCACUUCAAUGUUUCUAGAAAUGGGUUAUCAGAUCCAUUGCCUGCUGCUCUUGCAAAGGGCACCCAUUCCAUCCUGUCUAUAGACCUGUCCUACAACAACCUGCAUUUGGGGACUGUUCCUGAUUGGGUUAGGAAUACAGGCCUAACAGCUGUCCACCUUGCUGGGUGCAACCUCAAAGGAAGCCUCCCAAUCUUCACAAAACCUGAUUCUUUGAGCUCCAUAGACCUCUCUGACAAUUCUCUCACAGGGGGGAUUGGCCAUUUCCUCACAAACAUGACAGGCUUGCAGAAGCUGAAGCUCUCAAACAACAUGUUGAGAUUUGAUGUUUCAGAUAUUGUGUUGCCUGAUGGGCUCUCUUCUCUUGAUUUGCACUCAAAUCAGCUAUAUGGGUCCCUCUCAAGGCUCUUGCAGAACAACACCAGCAGCUUUUUAGAGGUUUUGGACCUCUCUAGCAACAGAAUCACGGGUGGGUUUCCCGAAUUUAGUGCAGAAAUUGGCUUGAAAUGGCUUGAUUUGUCAAGGAACCAGAUCACAGGUGAGAUCCCAGGUUCAAUCUCAAACCUCAAUGCCCUAGUGAGGUUGGAUCUUUCAAGGAAUCAGAUCAAGGGCAUCAUCCCUUCAAGUUUAGGGCAGUUGAGAGGAUUAGCAUGGCUGGACCUAUCAAUCAAUGUGCUUUCAGGCAAAAUCCCAGACAGCUUCAUUGGGCUAGGAGGCAUCAAACAUGCAAGCUUCAGGGCCAAUAUGCUGUGUGGGCAGAUCCCACAAGUAAGGCCCUUCAACAUCUUUCCUCCAGUUGCUUAUGCCCACAACAAAUGCUUAUGUGGCAAACCUCUGCCGCCCUGCAAGGGAAGAAACUAAUUGGGAAUCAGUCGGUAGGCUGCUGACUCAGCUGCCAGUGUGGCAUGAUCAUGCCACAACAGCUUAGCCAGAGUAAGAAAGUGAAGGGAUUGUUUCCAUUUGUAACAAUUAACACCCAUUAUUUUCCUUUUACUUAAGAUUUUCUUUCUUCACAAUAUAUAUUAUCUCUUUUCAAGUCUAUUGGAAUUACAACUGAUGCUGAUGGGCAUUUGCCCUUAAUAAAAAUCUUGCUUUGUAAGGGGGAGAAGCAAUGGGAGUUGAUUAGA